AUGGAUGCUAAGGCAGCCAGGGCCCGCGGUCCUGGGGUCACCCCAACACACGGAACUUCCCGCUUGAUUCCCCUGCUGCUCCUGGGAAUGCUGACGGCAGGCCUGGCCCCAUCACCAGUCCCUACCUCCGCUCCCCGAGGCUUCUGGGAUCUGUCUGAAAACCUGACGGCCGUGGAAGGGACAACAGUUAGGCUGAGGUGUGGGGUCAGGGCCCCCGGCAGUGUGGUGCAGUGGGCUAAGGACGGGCUGCUGCUGGGCCCGAACCCCAGGAUCCCAGGUUUCCCAAGGUACAGCAUGGAAGGAGAUCCUGCCAAAGGUGAAUUCCACCUGCUCAUCGAAGCCUGCGACCUCAGUGACGACGCGGAGUACGAAUGCCAAGUCAGCCGCUCGGCCGUGGGGCCUGCCUUCGUGUCUCCCAAAGUAAUCCUCUCCAUCCUGGUUCCCCCCAGGGAGGUUCGGUUGACCCCGGAGGCAGGAAGCACGGUUACCUGGGUAGCUGGUCAGGAGUAUGUGGUCACCUGUGUGUCUGGGGAUGCCAAACCAGCACCUGACAUCACCUUCUUCCAGAGUGGACGAGCUGUAUCCGAAGUGUCCUCUACCGAGAACGAGGGGUCCAAGGAGAAGCUCUUCACCACAGAGGCCGAAGCCAGGGUGACACCGCAGAGCUCGGAUAACGGACAGUUACUGGUCUGUGAGGGGUCCAGCCCGGCUUUGGACACUCCCAUCAAGGCUUCAUUCACCAUGAAUGUUCUGUUCCCCCCGGGCCCUCCUGUCAUUGAAUGGCCAGGCCUGGAGGAGGGGCACAUCCGGGCAGGGGAGAGCCUGGAGGUGCCCUGCACAGCCCGAGGCGGAAAUCCACCUGCCACGCUACAGUGGCUGAAGGACGGCAAGCCAGUGUCCACAGCUUGGGGCACGGAGCACGCGCAGGCGGUGGCGCGCAGCGUGCUGGUGAUGGCCGUGCGGCCGGAGGACCACGGAGUUCGGCUCAGCUGCCAGUCCUACAACAGCGUGUCAGGGACCCAGGAACGGAGCGUCACACUGCAGGUCACCUUCCCCCCCAGCGCUGUUACCAUCCUGGGCUCUGUGUCACAGUCUGAGAACAAGAACGCGACCCUCUGCUGCCUCACGAAGUCCAGCCGCCCACGGGUCCUGCUGCGAUGGUGGCUGGGGGGACGGCAGCUGCUGCCCACGGAUGAGACCGUCAUGGAUGGCCUGCAUGGCGGCUACAUCUCCAUGUCCAACCUGACGCUCUUGAUGCGGAGAGAGGACAACGGCCUGCCCCUCACCUGCGAGGCCUUCAGCGAGGCCUUCAGCAAGGAGACCUUCAAGAGGUCGCUCACCCUGAAUGUGAAAUACCCUGCCCAGAAGCUGUGGAUUGAGGGACCCCCAGAGGGCCAGGACCUCCGGGUUGGGACUCGGGUGAGGCUGGUGUGCCUGGCCAUUGGAGGCAACCCAGACCCCUCUCUUACCUGGUUUAAGGACUCGCGCACCGUGAGCGAGCCCCGGCCGCCGCAGCAGCCCCGGCGAGUGCAGCUGGGCAGCGUGGAGAAGUCGGGCAGCACCUUCUCCCGCGAGCUGGUGCUCAUCGCAGGCCCCUCGGACAACCGGGCCAAGUUCUCGUGCAAGGCGGGUCAGCUGAGCGCGUCCACGCAGCUGGUGGUGCAGUUCCCCCCCACCAACCUGACCAUCCUGGCCAACUCGUCGGCGCUGCGCCCUGGCGACGCCUUGAACUUGACCUGCGUGAGCGUCAGCAGCAACCCCCCGGUCAACUUGUCUUGGGACAAGGAGGGAGAGAGGCUGGAAGACGUGGCCGCGGGACCCCUGAGCGCGCCCUUCAAAGGCUCCGCCGCGGCCACGAGUGUUUUCCUUCGGGUGUCGUCCCGGGACCACGGCCAGCGGGUCACCUGCCGGGCCCACAGCGCGGCGCUCCUCGAAACAGUGAGCUCCUUCUACCGCCUGCACGUGCUGUACCCCCCGGAGUUCCUGGGGGAGCAGGUGCAGGCGGUGACGGCGGUGGAGCAGGGCCAGGCGCUGCUGCCCGUGUCGGUGUCGGCCAACCCCGCGCCGGAGGCCUUCAACUGGACCUUCCGAGGCUACCGCCUCAGCCCAGGGGGCGGGCCCCGGCAUCGCAUCCUGCCCGGGGGCGCCCUGCAGCUGUGGAACGUGACCCGGGCGGACGACGGCCUCUACCAGCUGCACUGCCAGAACUCCGAGGGCACCGCCGAGGCGCUGCUGAGGCUCGACGUGCACUAUGCCCCCACCAUCCGUGCGCUCCGGGACCCUACCGAGGUGAAUGUGGGGGGUUCCGUGGACAUCGUCUGCACCGUGGACGCCAACCCCAUCCUCCCGGAGAUGUUCAGCUGGGAGAGGCUGGGGGAAGAGGAGGAGGAUCUAAGCCUGGACGACGUGGAGGCGGUAGCCAAGGGACCCACGGGCCGGCUGCGGAUUCGCCAGGCCAAGCUGGCGCAGGCCGGUGCUUACCAGUGCGUGGUGGACAACGGGGUGGCUCCCGCGGCCAGGGGGCUGGUCCGGCUUGUCGUCAGAUUUGCUCCCCAGAUGGAUCACCCCACGCCCCUCACGAAGGUGGCUGCCGCUGGGGACAGCACCAGCUCAGCCACGCUCCACUGCCGUGCCCGGGGGGUCCCCAACAUCGACUUCAUUUGGACCAAAAACGGGGUCCCCCUGGACCUCCAGGACCCCAGGUACACGGAGCACAGGUACCACCAGGGCGUGGUCCACAGCAGCCUCUUGACCAUCACGAACGUGUCUGCAGCCCAGGACUACGCCCUCUUCACAUGCACAGCCACCAAUGCCCUGGGUUCGGACCACACCAACAUCCAGCUCGUCAGCAUCAGCCGGCCUGACCCCCCAUGGGGGCUGAAGGUCGUGAGCGUGACCCCUCACUCGGUGGGGCUGGAGUGGAAGCCGGGCUUCGACGGGGGUCUGCCUCAGAGGUUCCAGAUCAGGUACGAGGCCCUGGAGACGCCGGGGUUCUUCUAUGUGGACGUCCUCCCAGCCCAGGCCACCACCUUCACUCUGGCUGGGCUUCAGCCGUCUACACGAUACAGGAUCUGGCUGCUGGCCAGCAAUGCCCUGGGGGACAGCGGCUUGACUGAGAAGGGGAUCCACAUUUCCGUCACUACCCGAGGCCUGGACCAGGCUCCUGAAGACACAGACCACCAGCUGCCGACAGAGCUGCCUCCUGGACCCCCGCGGGCGCCCCUGCUGCCCGUGCUGUCGGCCGUCGGCGCCCUGCUGCUGCUCUGCGCGGCCUCCUGCGCCGGGGCGCUCCUCCGGCGGAGAAGACUGAGGCGGCUCGCCGAGGGGGUCGAGGAGCAGGAGGAGGCGGGGUCGCAGGACCCCCGGGCCAGGAACCACUACGCGGAGAGUCGGCGCAGCGGGGAGCGGGACACGAGCUCCACGGUGAGCACAGCAGACGGGGAGCCGCCGCGGUACUACUCCAGGAGGGAUUUCAGCCCCCGGCUGUCGCCAACGCCGGAAGAGCUGUCCUAUCGCCACGGCUUCCUAGAUGGCGCAGAGGAGGACGCGGCCUUCCCUGGACACCUGUAUGAUGAGGUGGAGAGAGCCUACAGCCCGCGUGGGGUCUGGGGACCCGUCUACGAUGAGGUGCAAACGGGGCCCUACGACCUUCGCUGGCCUGAGGUCAAGUACGAAGCUCCAUGGGCACUGUAUGACGAGGUGGCAGCAGACUUGGGCGCGGUGGAACCGAGCUCUCUGCCCUUUGAGCUGAGGGGGCACCUGGUGUGAGACUCGCCGGGAUGUGCCUUUCCUACAGCCUUGGAGAAGACAUGAAGGGAAGCGUGUGAGUGACAAGAAGACUCGAGGUGACAUCUGCGGCGAGCGAGACUCCUUUUAUAGGAAUGAAACUUCUA